AUGCCCAACUUGAAACGGAUGGUACAGAGGAAGAGAGUUGCUACCCUGGCCGCCCCUCCGAACCCGCUUUCGUUAGCCGACCUCGCCAUACCUCUGGAGUACACGCACUAUGAAAAGCAUCCUGGUGUUUUUGAGGAUUUUUUGUUAUUCGAUAGUGGUGCUGCCGCUGGUGAUGAACGAAUGUUGAUAUUUUCCACAGAACGGAAUUUACGUGUUCUUCGUCAGUGUCGUCAGUGGCAAAUGGAUGGAACUUUUGACAUAACGCCACUCUUUUUCAGCCAACUCUAUUCUAUCCAUGGAUCGUACUUAGGCCGCACACACCCUCUAGUGUACGCCCUACUACCGAACAAACGGCAAGGAACUUACGAGACUUUGUUCCGGGAGCUGAAUCAUCUUACCAAUGGUGAAGCUGCCCCUCAGUCGAUCAUCACAGAUUUCGAGAUGGCUGCCAUUCGCGCCUCCAACGUCGUUUUCCCGCACGCUGAAAACAGGGGUUGCUUUUUUCACCUCGCCCAGAGUGUUCAUCGUCGAAUACAGCGCGAAGGCUUCAAACAGCGGUACGAGAACGACGCUGAUUUUGCGCUGCAGUGCCGCACCAUCCCAGCUCUAGCCUUUGUCCCGUCUGAUGACGUAUCUGAUGUUUUCGAGGAGCUCAGCCAACACCUUCCAGAUGUUUUCCAGCCAGUGUUGGACUAUUUUGAGGACACUUAUAUAGGACGUCCGAAUCGCCGUGGAUUAAGACGUGCUCCUACAUUUCCAAUUGAAUUGUGGAAUGUACAUGACCGUGUCAUAAAUGGUGAAGACCGCACCAACAAUGUUGUCGAGGCAUGGCAUCGUUCUGUCCAAGUCACACUGGGUGAAAUUCGGCCUUCGAUAUGGAAAUUCAUUAAAGGACUUACUCGAUCGCAAAAACUUAGAGACACUGAAAUUGAAGGACUCUUGGCUGGAAAUCCUCCCCCCGACGUCGCCCCCGAUAUGAACUUUUAA